UUCCGUUACGGCUGGUGGAGUUAGCGGGAAACCCACCGCUUAGUCGGCUUUAAGCAAACAAUAAUUCGAGUCAAAUGCUAACUUGGUAUCAUAUUAACUUACAUUUAACGUUGUCUGUCAAUUUUACGAGAGCGUGGUGGAAAAAAGAAGCGGCGACAAGUCUUAAAAGUGCGGGUUUACGCUGUAUUGGUGCCCGGCACGGCCGCUUCGCUCUCGCCCGACGUUAGCUGGAUGACAAUACCUGCUAGUUAGAGAACUGCGCUCCGGCGGAUCCUUCAGAGGAAACCCGUCUGUACAACAGGAGACAAAGGGCUGCCGUUGACAGCGACGGGGAAACACUGCAGGACAUGAGUCUGUUCAAUCUGGACCGCUUUCGUUUUGAGAAGAAGGCAACGAACAAAGAGGAGCUCUGCGGGUCCACGAGUCCCGAGUCUGAAAAGGAGAACCAGCCAGCUCACAUGAAACCCCUCAAAGCUCAGCCAAAGUCUCAUCCACGAGGAGUAGUUUUUGAGGAAGUACUUACCACCGACUUGGAAGAUGAAGAGGUCCUCUCUGAACCAAACACCAAGAUAUCCGUAACUAAGAAAUCCAAGAGCUCUUCACGGAAAGCAUCUAAAGAAGUGUCAGAUCACACAGAUGAUGAGGAUGAGCUGAAUGACAAAACGGGCAAACUACUGGAGCUGUUUCCUCAGUUGAGAAGAGCGGAGGUUCUGCAGAUCAUUGAGAGUACAAGCACGCUGGACGGCGCCAUAGCUGUCUGUCUUUUAAAGUUUGGAGACCGAGAAGCUCCAGCUGAAAGACGGAAGAGAAAGCAGGAUGGAUCAAGCAGCUCCCAGGACAGUGGUGAAACUCAACCGAGCAAGAAAAGGAGACCAUCACUGGGCUCUGAAGAUGAGGAGAAGGAACCGAGCUGGGAGAGACAGGAAGCCAUGGUCAGAAGACUGCAAAGAAGGUUCCCUGAUCAGGACAAGGAGGAGCUACGGAUGGUCCUGCAGGAACAUGACUGGAAUGUUAAAGAUGCUCUGCAGGUUCUAGAGAUGUUUUCAGAUGCAGAUACCAGUUUCAGCUCAGCUGGGUCAGGAGAAAAGCAAUCGAAGAGUAAAGAUGAGUCAACCAGGGACGACACAGGGUUGAAGAACCACAAAUAUGAAGAUGGUAAAAAGAGGAAGGAUCAUAAGGAUCCUAAAUACAGUAGAAAUAGUAGAAAAGUUGAGAAAUUCACAUACUCUACAGAGGAUAGUGAUGAUAUUUCAGACUCGGAGGCUAUCGAAUGCACAAAGAGUAGAGGUCUGUCAACCAGGGACGACACAGGGUUAAAGAACCACAAAUAUGAAGAUGGUGAAAAGAGGAAGGAUCAUAAGGAUCCUAAAGACCAUAGAAAUAGUAGAAAAGUGGAGAAAGUCGCAUACGGUACAGAGGAUAGUGAUGAUAUUUCAGACUCGGAGGCCAUCGAAUGCUCCAAGAUGUCCACUCUUUCUUCAUGGAUUACCAAAAAAUCUGACUCUGUAUCUUCAGCCCCUGCUGUUAAACAGACAGCUUCUUCCUCCGCGAAACCAUCCUCUUCCUCCUCAGCAUCGCACAACUUGUCCAGAUUUGCCAGUGAAACCAGCAUUGCUAAGAAGCAGGCAGCAGAGAGAAAGAUGAAGGCACGUGUCUCCAAUGUAGAUGUCAGCUCGGAGGGAGAAUAUGAUGACGAUGAGGAGGCUGUAUCAAGCGAGUUCGAUGAUUCAGAUGAUGAUCUAGAUACUGGAAGUGUGAUGACGGACGCAAAGACGGAGAUACUCACAUUCUUCCAGGAAGCAUCGAUAGAUGAGCUGUCGCUCAUCACUGGGUGUUCCAUUAAGAAGGCCCAGAAGAUUGUGGAGCUGAGGCCUUUUGAAAGCUGGUCAAGCCUGUACGAUGUCUUCCAUAAGGGAAAUGGACUUUCAGAAGACUUGCUGGUGGGGUGCAAAGUUGUCCUCAAAGAGCGGAAGGUUGUCCUUGGCCUCAUGUCCAAAUGUCAGAUCAUCUCUACAAAAAUGGUCAAACAGGUCACUGCGGUGAUGGAGAGGGGAACGGGCUCCAUGAACCAGCCCGCUGUACUGAACAGCCAGUUCCAUCUCAAACCCUAUCAGCUGAUUGGUCUGAAGUGGUUGUUGCUUCUGCAUGAACACAAACUGAGUGGGAUCCUUGCUGAUGAAAUGGGUUUGGGGAAAACUAUCCAGGCUAUAGCAUUUCUGGCCCAGCUCUAUGAGCAUGGACUAGAAGGCCCAAACCUCAUCAUUGUUCCUGCCUCCACACUGGAUAACUGGGUUAGAGAGUUGAAACUUUGGUGUCCAAGCCUCAAAGUUUUAAUCUACUAUGGAUCUGUGGAAGAGCGACGCUACCUCAAACACGACAUCCUCAAUGAAGAUAUUGAGUUUAACGUCAUUGUGACCACGUACAACUUGGCCAUAGGAAACGACAGCGACCGCGGUCUGUUUCGUAAGCUGCGCCUGAACUACGCCAUAUUUGAUGAAGGUCACAUGUUGAAGAACAUGAACACUUUGCGCUAUCGCCAUCUCAUGGCUAUUAAUGCAGAGCACCGCGUCCUGCUGACGGGAACUCCUGUACAGAACAACCUCCUGGAGCUCAUGUCUCUCCUCAACUUCAUUAUGCCCUCCAUGUUCUCCAAUUCCACAUCACAGCUUUCUAAAAUGUUUUCUAUGAAAUCCCACGAGGAGCAAAGCCGCUUUGAGAGGGAUAGGAUUUCUCAGGCCAAACUCAUCAUGAAGCCCUUUAUCCUGCGAAGAGUCAAGAGUGAGGUUCUCAAGCAGCUCCCAGCGAAGGAAGAGAAGAUAGAAUUCUGUUCCAUGAGUGAGAAGCAGCAGGCUCUCUAUGAGAGCCUCCUCAAGAAGCUCAAGAAAUCCACCACUGGAGAAAAGCGCGAGUUGUGUAACGUGAUGAUGCAGCUGAGGAAGAUGGCCAACCAUCCUCUUCUUCACAGACAGUACUACACUCCAGACAGGCUCAAAGCCAUGAGCAAACUAAUGCUAAAGGAGCCAACACACUUUGAUGCAGAUCCAGUUCUGAUUCAGGAGGACAUGGAGGUGAUGUCAGACUUUGAGCUGCAUCGUCUGUGUCAGCAGUACUCCUCCAUCAGCUCCUACCAGCUUGAUAACAGUACUCUGCUUGACUCCGGGAAAUUCCACCACCUCGUAGAGCUGCUGGCCUCGAUAAAAAACAAGGGAGACAGAGUGGUGUUAUUCAGCCAGUUCACCAUGAUGCUGGACAUUGUGGAAGUGCUACUGAAAAAUCUAAAGCAUCGUUACGUCAGGCUGGACGGAUCCACACCCAUCGCUGACAGAAUUGGGUUGAUUGAUGAGUACAACACAGAUCCUGACAUAUUUAUUUUCCUGCUGUCAACACGUGCUGGUGGGCUCGGCAUCAACCUUACGUCAGCUAAUGUGGUCAUCUUGCACGACAUCGACUGCAAUCCGUACAACGACAAACAGGCGGAGGACAGGUGUCACCGUGUGGGCCAGACCAGGACUGUCAAGGUGAUUAAGCUGAUCAGUAAGGACAGUAUAGAGGAUUGUAUCCUGCAGCUCGGCCACAAGAAGCUAAAGCUGGAGCAGGACAUGACUGCUGCUGAACAAAGUGAAAUGGGGACCAUACCUGAGGAUAUGGCGUCGUUGCUCAAAGCCUCACUGGGACUGUAAUAUGCAAACAAACCAGACUUGUGAGUGUUUAGGCGCCACUCUUGUGAUCACAGGAGCACUUGACUGUUAGAACCUAACACAGAGACAUUUGUGUGUAAACAAGAGGACUACUGCAAACCUCAUUCUGCCAUGAAAACCUCGACAGCAUGAUAACCGUGCCUAAAACAUUGUUAUUGUUGUUAAACAUGGUUAUUUUUCAUGCUCUCAGUUCUUUGUUUUAUUUUGGCAAAAAGGCCAUUUCAGACCAGAUGCAAUGACUACACAUUGUUGCACUAAAACGUGUGUGUUCCUGUGUCUAGCUCUGCGUUCUCAUUUCAUUAACUCACUAACGAAUACAUGAAAUGUCUCUAGCCUGAGGAACAGUUUAUGCCCUCAAAGGGUUUUUUUGUUUAUUUGUAUUUUUUUAUCCAAACUUUCCAGACAGUGUUGCAUCUUGCAUGUCCUAUUUUCCAAUUAAUAAACACGUUAUAUUUGCUUACUUGAAA